GACAGGUGAGCAAGCACUGACUCUCCAACGAUGAUCAGAGCUUGGAACUGAGCAGGGGAACAAACUCUCCGGAGCAGGUUCAGCUCAACAACUAAGGGUAGCCUCAGAUGAUCUCAAAAAGGGGGAGAAAAUGACAAUGAUGGCUCACCAGUCCUCUUCUUGGAUCUUCAUCAAUGAGAGGACAUUCAUUACCAGGGAACAACUUAAUUCUUUAUUGGAGACCUAUAACAUCUUUUAUAAGAACCAGAAAAAUCUGCAUAUUUUAUAUGGACAGACUGACGAUGGUAAACUAAUUGUUGAAGGAACGCUGGACAUUUUCUGGGGAGUAAAGCGGCCUAUACAACUGAAAAUACAAGAUGAGAAGCAAAUCCCUUCUUUCACUGUGCUGAAGUCACCAGAUGUCUUUUCCAAAAGGGGAAUGACACGCUGGGGAGAAUUUGAUGAUCUUUACCGUAUUAGUGAUUUGGACAGGACUCAGAUUCCAGUGUCUGGAGCAACAGAUUCCCAGGAAGAUUAUUUAUCUUAUCACAGUAGCACUCUGAAGCUUCAUGCAGAUGAAGAACCUGAAUCCCCGUUGCUCUAUAGAACCAUGAGUGAAGCAACCCUGGUGAGAAAAAGGAUGAAGCCUCCGAUGAUGGACAGAAAGGACAGACAGAAGCAUAGGGCCUCUAUUAACGGACACGUUUAUAACCAUGAAACAUCAAUUUUCACUCCAGCCUUUGGAUCAGAAACUAAGGUCAGAAUAAACAGUAAUAUGAGAACUGAAGAAGUAAUAAAGCAAAUUCUCCAAAAAUUUAAGAUUGAAAAUAGUGCCCAGGAUUUUGCACUUUACAUUAUUUUUGCAACAGGAGAGCAGAGACGGCUAAAGAAAACAGACAUUCCGCUACUGCAUAGACUCCUACAGGGACCAUCCAAAAAGAAUGCUCGCAUAUUCCUCAUGGAUAAAGAUGCAGAAGAAAUUAGCAGUGAUGUGGCUCAGUAUAUUAACUUUCAUUUUUCUUUCCUGGAAUCCAUCCUUCAAAGAUUAAAUGAAGAAGAGAAAAGAGAGAUUCAGAGAACAAUAACAAAAUUCAGUACAGAAAAGGCUAUCAUACUGAAAUGUCUUCGAAGUAAACAGGUAAUAAAAACAGAGACAACAGUUUAGCAAUACAGGUCACUAUUGCUAAAACACUUCAACAAAAUUAGAAGGGUAUUACAACUAUUUGAGUGUAUAAAUUCUAUACUUGCAUUUAUAUAAAUAUAUGUGAACUUGAAUCUGUAGGAAAUUGAAUGUGGAAAAAGCUUGUCUCUCUUUAAACUGAAGAGGUUAAGUAGGGUUCACAGUUGGACUGAAGGAACUUGAAUUUAGUUUCAGUAACUGGAAUAAGCUUGGAUACUAUGUAUUCCAAAUAGUUUUUAUAGUAAAACACUCAAUGAACUUGAAUUUAAAUGGCAUCUUCAGAUACCAUGCAGCUAAAACUUAUUUUAGCUUCAACUGUCAAGAGAACUCUCAUCAACUGACUCUCAGAAAUGAUUCAGAAGUAAAAGCUGCCAGCUCUUAAAAUAAAAAAUCAGCACAUUACUACCCCACCAAGGAAUCUGAUGGUGAUGGUGUUUCACAGCUCCUUAUACUCUAGCCUUUUCAUAAAAUCUAGGACUAUCUUUCUAUGGAUAGGUGGCUUUGGGCUAUCUAUAACAUCAGAGCUAUCUGUCCUUUGGGAUGGAAAAGAUUAUGGACUCUGUUAAGAAAUCCAAAUCGUAAUUUUCUCAACCUGAGCCCUUCUUUUUUUUUCCCCCUCUGUUCUGCUGAUGACUUUCAAAAGUGUUCUUAAGCUUUUUUUUUUGUCAAUUGAACUAGUUUUCUUUAUUUUUCCAAACAAACAUAUCACAGAGAUUUAGUGUAUUUUGUUGGCUAGGCUAAGACUUGACCCAUGAUAACCAUUUGUUGCUGAAUGAAUAUAGAAGAUAAUGCAAGUGGUAGCCGAAGUUGGGCAGGAAAUCUGGAGCUCUGCCCUUUUUCUCCAAGACAACUCAUUCUACAAAACAACACUCAGGGUCCAUCAAGUACACUUAACCAAUCUGAAAAAGCACUGAGAAUGCCACAAGUAUCAUCUAUGAUUUUAUUUAUGAACUCUAUAUUAAAAGGGAGUUUUAUGCAGCUCUUUUCCAUUCCACUACUACUUCUAUUUGCAUUCCUCAUAAGCACUGGAUUAAACUGAUUAUAUUACACACACUAUGGGAUAAGGUUGAAUGUAAUAAACCCAGUUGGAAGAUCAGUUAUCAAAAUAUGAAACAUGUUUAAGACAAAGGUAUUACUUCUCAGUGUAACCAAAUCCUAAACCAGACGAAAGUAAAAGUGUGCUGUGAGCUUUUCAGUCCUAGGAAAUCUCCUUUGUUGAAUAAGACAUGGGCUUGCAUCUUCAUCCUAUUAUCUAUCAGUUAAUAAGAAAAUCUCAUCUCACAAAAAUAAAGCAAAUGUAAUGGUUAAAAUUCAGUAUACUUAUUUAAAGUAGUGUCAAGUAUCUGCCAUAAACAUGACAAAAGAUUCAUCUUUAAUAUAUUGAAAGUCUACCAAAUGCAUUAAAAAAUACCAUGCCUGGAUAGAAUAAAUAAGACAUAUGGCUUGAAAAGUAAAAUUGCAGAAGAGGAAAUGCAAAUGGCUACUAAGUAUGUGAAAAAAGUUGUAUCUUAAUAGUGAUCAGUUGUAUUAGUCUGUGUCUAAUCAGGAGACAGAAACCACACAGUCAUUUAAACAGGGGAAAUUUAAUAUAAAGAAUUACUUAGCUGUGAAGAUAGAGUAACUAUAAAAAUGUGAAGAGAACUCCAAAGGGUACCCUAAGGCUGAGGAAGAAUACCCCACAAAGGAAAAGCUUGGAGUGAGGAGCUGAGAAUUCACUGGAGAAGGUGUGGUUGCAGCCCAGUGGAUAAGGGAGACAUCCUCUGGUUGCCCAGCACACAGCAGGGCCACAGUCAUAGGACAAGCAGGAACAACCCUCUGGAGUGUGGAUCAGGUGGGCAGGUGAGCAAAGGGACUUGGGGCUUCUCUGCAGGCACAAAGCCAGAUCACAGGCUGUCGGUGUCUGGAGGUCUGCAGGAAACAAAGUCUGGGGGCACAGGUAAGCUGAGGCUGAAGGGUAGGCACACAAAUGAAGUCAAGGGCGCUGCUGCCGGUGCUGCUAGGACUGGGGGGGCUGCAGGAGCCAUCUCUGCAGGAACCUAGUACAACUCUGUGUAUGCCUUGGACUGUGGCAUCUUUGAGGCUGCAUGGGACAAAGGUGGGGCAAGUGGUUUACCAGAUGAUCAGCCCCACAAGGCACUCUCUGGGAGCAUGCACCAAGUUGAGAAGGUGUGGAGAGUAAUGAUCUGAGCUAGGACACAGGCCUCUACUGGGCCUCCAGGCCGUGCCACCACAAACCAAAUCAAAAGCUACAAAAGGGGUUGGAGGAACCCAACAAGAUAAAGAGAGCUGCACCCUACAGGCAACUAGCACUGAAGAAACCACUCUGGGUAGAGAGAGCAGUGAAGGAAGAAAGUCAGCUUCCCAGGAUCAGGAAAGACCAACUUCCUCCUACAGUGUUUCUCCAGUGCCCCUUACUGACAAAGCAUGACAUCAUGUAAGCUGCAAAGGAAGCAUAUAGAAAGGCUCCCAUGUACAUUUUCACAGACAACAACAAAGAGUGAAUGUGGAGCAGAGGCGCAAUAAAAUAACUGGCGUGUCAACAAAAUGCAAAGCGAAGGAAAGUGAAAUUCAUCUAUUAAAGAAGAUUAAGAAAUGAUAAUAUUAAAUACUCAACAAAUUACAAUGAGAUGGUCACUUAAACUACUGGUAGAAAUACAAA